CACUCUCCUUUCAAUAGUCAAUAUGCCCAACAAAGUCUCUCUCUAAUUUUCAUAUAUCUUUUCUUGUUUUUCAAUCUGGGGAGGAGAAAGCCUUCAUGGAUAACCAACUUCUUCAAGUUCAUCCCAAGGAAUUAAAGUUCAUUUUUGAAGUACAGAAACAAAGCUCAUGCUCAAUUCAACUAAUGAAUAAUAAACUCGACUAUGUUGCUUUUAAGGUCAAAACCACAAAUGUUCAGAAAUAUUAUGUACGACCGAAUUUGGGUAUCAUCAACCCGUUAUCAAAUUGCGAAGUUACAAUCACUAUGCAAGCACAGCAAAUGGCUCCACCUGAUAUGAAAUGCAAAGACAAGUUCUUAAUCCAAAGCACAAUAGUUCCCAUUGAGACAAAUCUUCAUGAAGAUUAUGUAACUUCCACUUAUAACUUGUUUGAGAAAAAUGGUAGCAAGAACAAUAUAGAAGAAAGGAGAUUGAGUACAAUUCUAGUUAAGGACGAAUCUUCUUCCCCAACUAUUGAAACAUUGAAUGUUGGAGUCUCAAACCAAAGUAAAGAUAAGGAAAUAGAAGAGUUGAAGUUAAAAAUCACUCAACUUGAUCAAAAACUCCACGAGGCUGAAAUUUCCAUUUCAAAGCUAGAAGAGGAGAGAGCUAGAAUUCAAAAGGUGAAAUUCCAACAAAAGAAUUGCUUGGUUUCAUGUUCAAUUCUUUAAAACAACCACGUCUUAAUGCAAGUUUAUGACUAUGAGGCAUAGUUUUAAUUUAAAUUGUUAGAAGAUAAAUUUCAAAAUGGGUACAUAAACUUCAUUGGUUGUUGUAAAUGUCUUGAACAUUUUGAAUGGUAGAUAAUAUCCUUUGAAAUUUAAUUUCCUAGUUAAGGGAAUGCUUAUACUAUAAAAAAUUACGGAUCUUCAA